AACAAACCCGUGCGCGCAAAACAUUUGAAGAUUUUGCAAAUGACAAAGAUACAAGAGGUAUUAUAACUGAUUGAGAAGUAGCUAAGGAAAAAUAAGAAUAUGUCGGAUCCAACUUCAAAAUAUCCACCCACAAUUCAAAAGCUUUUUGCUCCAAAGCUCCCAUUACAAUAUAAGGCGCCACUUGAUUAUCCAGUGGAGACUAGGAAAACUCAUUAUAUCUCGCCUAUACUGUCCUUAAAGGCACAAUAUACACAAUAUGUGACCGAGUUGCAUCAGAAACAAGUAGAAGAAGAGAAACUUUUAGCAGAAAAUGGAUCGAAAAAUGAAGCUUCUACUCAACAAAUUAAUGCUAAAAGAUCGAUUGUCAAUAAGAAACGUCAUCGAGAAUCAUUUGAACGUCAAUUAAAGGAAUGGAAUGAUCCAGAAUUAUUACAAAAAAACGAACGAGAAUUUAUGAAAGAUCCAUAUAGAACUGUUUUCAUAGCAAGAUUACCAUAUGAGUUAACUGAAUUGGAUAUUAGUAAGAGUUUCGGGAAGUAUGGGAUGAUUGAAUCGAUUCGGAUUAUUAGAGCUCAAUCGAAAUCCACCACUGCAACUCCAAACCCAACUCCAGUGGAAAAUGAAGAUGGACGUGGUAGAAGUAGAGGAUAUGGGUUUGUGGUAUUUGAGAGAGAAUCCGAUGCCACUGCAUGUGUCAGAGAGUUGGCGCCAGUUGGUUUGAAAAUCGGGGGGACGUCACGUACCAUACUAGUAGAUAUAGAAAGAGGACGUCUUCUGCGUAGUUGGAAACCACGUAGAUUAGGUGGAGGUGUUGGAGGUAGACAUUAUACAAAGCCAAAUGCAUUACAUUCCAACAAUGCAUCUGCUGCAGCCAGUGGCAGAAGAUUACACUUAUCAAAUAACCCAUACGCUGGUGGUAGAUCAGGAGGAAGUCAUCAUGGAUCUUCUGGAUCUUCAUCGUACCACCAGAGUAGAAGAGGACCUGUGUCUGGUGCUGGGUACCAUGGCAGUGGUUCAUACGGUGGUAACGGUGGUGCAAGUACAACAUCUACAUCGUUUGGUGGGGCUCCAUUAUCGACCUCCCCAGCACCUCAAGCAGCAUAUUCAUACACAUCAAGAUCUGGUGAUUCACGUACUACGGACUCGGUUCGAGACAAAUAUUCCAAAUAUGCCACUUCAACUAGUAGAACACAAGACAGAUCUAUAAGGAGCAUUAGGGGGCAACGAGAAUAG